GCAUUCUUUUCAAAUGCACUUUAUAUAUAUAUAUAUCAUUAUAUAUAUAUACUGACGGGUUUUCUAGUAGUAUUCUAUUAUCUGGCGAUUUUCUAUAGCGGUAUUUUAAAUCGAAUUUGGCGGAUUAUUUUUUCAGGAGUUGGCAGCACUGAUUGACAGGAGGUGGGAGGAAUUGGCCAACAAAACGGAGAGAGAACCUGUUGUUCGCGAAGAAUCGGGGAAUGUAGACACGCCGUGAGCGUAAAUGCCAUCAUGAACACGAAGAGAAAUCCGCAGAAUGUGUCGAAUUCGUACAACGGAGGUAAUUCUGAUACUAUAGGAAGAGAUAGUCCGUCGGCAUUGUUGGAAGUACUUGCAGAAGUUGCAUCUCAAACGUUACACUCAGAAAAGAAACACAUUAACUCGAUGUUAACAUUGCAAUUCAAACCUAAAACGACGAAUAUGAAACGAAAUAUGAAGGAGACGUGCUUCACUGUAUCUCAACUCGCGUCCAUGCCUGUUUCGCACCUUGUUAAACAAUUUGCUGUUUUUACAAGCGACGAGCUCAAAAGACAAUAUUCUUAUGCUUGUGCAUUAAUGCCUGAUUGUCACCAAAAAUAUACUAGUUUUGCUAGCGAGGAAAAGGCCAGAGCAUACAUUAAAAGUCAUUUAGAGGAGCAUUUAGAGCAGCUGAAAGCAAAUAAAGAGACUUAUGAUACAUUUACAGCGAUAAGUGUAAACCAUAAAAAUUUCAAGACUAAUCUACAAAAUAAGAGAAGUCGGAUGCAACAGAUAAAAAAACCUCAAGAAACAUUAAAUAAGGAGAAUAAAGAUGUGAUACUGGAGAAGUCUACCAAUUAUUUACGUAAAAUACUUUUAAACGAUAUUAGUGUUAAAGAGAACGAGAAGCAGAAAUGUUCCCAGAAAUCAGAGAAUAAGGAAACGUAUGAUUCUGUAUUGAAGAAGUCUGAGGAAAUAAAUACUAAAGUUCUUGGCGAUCAUAGUUAUUCCGAACGAUUAGAUGACAAGAUACCUAACAGAAGAGAAACAUCUCUCAAUAAUGUCCCUGAUGAUACAACAGGAGAAGAAAAUAUUGUAUUGAUGGUUGUCGGUACUGAUAGUGUACAUAUGAAAGAGUAUUCUCAUCAGAAAUUGACAGAAAAUUGUUUGGAUUCUAAUAUCGUUUAUUCACCAGAUAAAACUCAAAUCAGCACGGAAUCAAACUCAGAAAUGUCUGCGACUAAGCCUAAAGGGAAAGCAAAGUUUAUUGGCACGAGCAAGGAAGAAAGGGAAAUGGCACUAGCGUAUAUAGAACGCAUUAAGAAGAAGGGUAAUCCUUCGGGGAAUAAUCUUCAGUGUCGUAUUUGCGACCCACCUCGCAGUUUCACAGCGCCUACAACUUUAGUGUCCCAUUAUCGGAGUCACGCUGGAAUAAAGCCAUACGAGUGUCGGAUAUGUAAAGCAGUUUUUACGAGAAGACACAGUUUAAAAUACCACAUGUUGAUUCAUCAAAAUCAAACGCGUUUUACAUGCACGGAUUGUGGGAAGAAGUUCAGACAUCCGUCUCACUUUAGAGAACAUCAACGUAGACAUACUGGAGAAGCACCGUUUGGAUGUGAUGAUUGUGGGCAACGGUUCAAAACCAGAAAUACCUAUAAACGUCACUUAAAAACACGGCACAAUAAAAUCCUUACUACAUUUGGUGAAGUUUUGCAUCCUCCGGAAGAAGAAAAUCAGAAAAUUCGAAAUAGUCGAAAAAAGAAGGAUUGCGCUCCGGAAGAUAUAAUGAAUGUAAUCAAUAACACAGAUGCAAUUGUAAAUUUUGAAAACCAUGAUGAGACCCAAGUUAUUACAAGUACAAUAGAAGAGUAUGUUUUGAAAGAAGACAUUCCUAGUGACAGAAACUGGGAGACAAAUGAUAUAAUACAUAUUGAUAAAUUUGAGAUUUGCUCGGAAUCUGAUUUGAAUAAGACUGAUGGCAUAGAGACUGAAAUAGCUAUAGAAUGUAAUUAUCCUGAUAGAGAAAACAGCAAUGUCAAUGUGGAAUAUAUUAAUGGUACAGAGGGUGGUCUGCUGCAAUUGAAAAAUUCUUUUUACGAUAAUUUAAGAGUAACUAAUAAUGAAGAUCAUAUUAUCUAUCAGCAUGAUAUCGAUGAUAACAUUUAUGAGUGUAGCAAUGAAGUAAAUUGUGAAAUAGAUAUUAAGGAUGAAACAUUGACAGAAGAACAAGAAGUUGAAAAUACAAUGAGGCAAGCAAAUACAGAUUUUUCAGAGGAACAAGAUGGAAACAAUUUGCAAUUGUUGCAAGAAUCUACACACGAUUAUCAUAAGAAAAUAUGCGACAGCGAUACGCAAGAAGGAAAUAAGCAUUUAAAAACAAAAGCAACAAAUCCCAAUGAAAAUGAUCAAAAACAUGAUGAGAAAUACGAUAUCGACGUUACUACAGAAGUACAAAACGAUGUUACGAGUGAAACAUCUAUCAACUGUGCUGAUAAUUUUGAUAUUGGAAAUAAAGAACAUUUGAGAAAUAUUUUCUGUGCGCAGGUUUUAUACACGAAUAUUGAUGUUUCACAAACAUGUUUUGAAGUUAGCGAAGGAAUUACUCCAAAACGUCAAAACAAUAUAUUGGAAGAGUGCGAAUGUAUAAGUCAGUCUGUUGCGACGGAUGUGGUGGAAAUCUUAAAUAUUUCUUCGAAAGAUUUUGUUGAAGUAGAUCCGAAAGCUGAUCAACGACAAAGUCAGUAUUUGUAUGUGCGUUCCGAACAGUUAAGUAAAUUAAUUGCUCAGAAUAAAUAUGUAACCAUACCGGUACAUCAAAUCAAGGAAUGUCGCGAUCACGGAUUGCAGGCAAAAGUAGACAACCACAGAUCGAUAUAUAUCAUAAAUGAGGAUAUACGAACAAUUAUAAAACCAAUUUCUGAGAAGCAAAGUACAAUUUUGGUUUUAUCUAGUAAUAGCUGUAAAAACAGCAUUUUUCAAAUUGAAAAGAAUAGUAUUAUUGUCAAAGCUCUAAAGAGAUAGAUUGGUGUGCAAAGUAAUAACAUUUGUAUAAUAAGAUAUGUAGAAUUAAUGUUGAUCAUGUUCAAAAUAUAUUUUGUAACAUAGCAAUUGCACUAAUAGAUACAAUCGAUUGAUUGAGAUACAUAUGCAAUAAUCAUUGUAACAUAAUCUUAGAAGAGAGGAAUAACACAAUAUGAUUCUGCAUUUUCUUGAUUGUAUAAAUAUUUAAGGAAGCAAAACUGAAUAGAUGUAAUCGUAUUUUUCAUUUUUAUUACGGGGUAUAGUUACUUUAAGAGAAAGAGAAAAAAAAGAAACGGACUAAUGAUAAAUAUCCUUAUCGAUUUGAUAAAUAAUGCGUCGUGUUAUUAUUGUAAAAUGUAAGCACUAGAAAUUAAUAGCGUUGGCAUUUAUUUGUUAGUGUAAGAAGUUAUUUUUAUAAGUUUUAAAACAUGUUAUUAUGAAAUGUGGUUUUCACGGCUUGUAUUGCAAUGCUUACCUGCAUUUAAUUAAAUUUUCAACUUUAAUACCAAAUUGAUAUUCAGAAUUCAAAAGAAAAAAAUUGCAAGUUUUAAUAUCAUUCUUGAUAUACAUGGAGAUAAAUUUAUGUAGUUAAUUAUAGUUUCACAUCUAUUGCUUUUAUUAGAUGUGGUCCUACUAAUUAGCACAAUCAUUAAAAAUACCGAAAAUAUAGUAAAGUGCCAAAUAUAAAAAA